GUUUUCCGUUGUAACGAUCCCACCAUGACAGACAAGUUCUGUUUUGCAUUGUUAAGAGGGACCACACUGCAAACUCUGCAGUCAGCAGGGUUUGAAUCCGCUCAUAUGAGUGCCACCGAUACCCUGACCGAUGUUUUUGGCCAAUAUAUUCAACUGCUGGCGUCCACGGCGUCUCAUUAUGCACAAUUUGCUGGCCGGUCAACGAUCUCACCCUGGGAUAUUCUCGAUUGUUUCGCUGAAUUGAAUAUUGAGCCAAAGCAGCUGCAAGAAUGGCUUGAGGAAGAAGGCAAAGCGCUUGUUCCGCCUUGGACGGAUUCGUCCGAUCCCAGUCGAGUCCUGACAGAUGUGGUGAACGCUGGUAAACCGGAACCUGACGACGUGCUUGUUUAUGAAUACACGGACGUGGAAAGCGAAAUGCCAUUGGCCGGCAUUAGCCAGCUCGGAGAAAGCGACCAAGAAGAAAACGACGAAAUCUCUAAUGACGUGACUUCACCAGAGACACCUACAGAUAAACCACCUAUUGAUCUGUCGAGCAAACUUCCCAACUAUGUACCUUCCUAUUUCCCACCUUUCCCGCCGAAACCCAAAGAUGACGUGGACGAGGAAAAUGCCGAGGCCACGAAUCCCGCAGCAUCAGUCAACUUACAGCAGGAUCUGAGCACUUCCACCGUCAAGCAAGCGACGGGACAGAUUAACGAAUCAACUAUACCGUCUUCUGUAGUCGUUACGCGACGGAAACGACCUAUUGAAAACCCAUUCACGCACAUCACCACCAUGGAAGAAUCCUCUUUUGCUGCCACCGAUAAAGAAACACUGCCCUCUCUGUCAUUAACGCUGAUGUCUCAAAAACAAUCCUGGCCUGAACCUGAACGACAGAAACGGCGUAGGCUGGAAAGCGAGAACAGUUCGUUGAAGCAAGCCAUCGAGAUGCUUAGUCGCACGUCCACCGAACGGAAACGGUCACUACAUCCGUUAUCCGCACAAUCUACGUUAUUUCAGGCAUUCACCCGUGAUGAAGCUGCACCUGGCAACACGAUGUUUGGCGAAGAUCAGGGUGUUUUGAAUAACUUGGUACGACAGAUGGCUCCUCCAUUGGCGGUCGCUAAGCUUUCGUCACCGAAUUUGCUGUUAGACGUGGCUAUUCAAGGCGGAGGAAGUGGUUCCUCAGGAACAUCGGCCAAUCCUGUUCGCACGCCAAAUGAAACUAUCGGUAAUAAAUCGGUGGGCAACACGUCCAUUCUUGCUUCCUUAGCAGGAGGCCAGGCGCGAAGAAAAUCAUCCACCAGUGGCACGUCGCCUUUAAUAUCUUCUGCACCAGCAACCACGCCAGCAUCGGCCACGACAUCGAGCACUGUUGCACCUGCUACUAAAUCUCCAGCAGUACCGAUUUCUCUAGCUUCACUUUCGACGUCAUCGUCGUCGGCCCCACUUGGAGAAUCAAAGAAAAAGACACACACGAAACUCACCAUCAAUCUUCCCAAGAUGGAUCUAAGCAGCAAUGCAUCGUCUAAACCUUCUUCCACAGCCACCACACCAUCUUCAGGUACCCCUCUCAGCACCCCUAAAAUCCGAUUCAAGAUCAAAGUUCCCGAACCGUCCGAGCCUGCUGUAACAUCGCCGGCACCAAUCGUUACUACGCCCAAAGUACCCAAAGUCGACACGACCGUCAUGAGUACCAGCAAUGCUGGUGGCGAUAUCAUCAACUGUAUUUGCGAGAAUCCGACCGUCGAUUACGGCACCUUCAUGAUUGCAUGUGACAAGUGUGGAGUAUGGUAUCAUGGCAACUGUGUGGGUAUCGCUGAAACCGAUCAAGUAGAAGAAUGGUUCUGUCAACGAUGUGUAUCUUGAAUGCAUUCCAUGUAUGAUGGGUGGUAGUCGACUUGUUUCUUCGUUUCGCCGAUGGAAGAAAGAAAUUUUGCAUCUGUAUUCUCAUUCUUGUUUUCUCCCUUGGGCAAUGUGUGUGGAUAAAUAUAACUGUAAGUAAUUUCAAAUAAUUAAAAUGGAGGCAAAAUUUCCUCAAGCUGUGGUCUGAGGAUCAUGUAAACAACACAAACAACACAUCAUCUGCCAAUGGUUGCGCGUGACAAUUUGUGGCUCGUUAAAGCAAAUAUAAAGUUUUCCAGACAAAAAUGGGAACAUUCUAUACAGCACUAAUGCAGCGUUGAGAGUGGCCCAUCUGUAAUAGCAAGGUUGGA